GCUGGGCUCGGCUCCUCGUGCCGCCAUGGGGCUGCUGCUCUGGCUGGCCGUGCAGCUGGGCGCGGGGUGCGCGGCGUACGUGGCAUACGUGGACGUCCGGCGAGCCCAGCGGCCCCUGGAGCACUUUUGGAGGAGCACUGGCUUCUGCCCUCCUUUACCUCACAGCCGUGCUGACCUAUUUGACCUGAGCAAAGACCAAGAGAUGAACCUUGCCUACAUUUCUUCUGUUCCGCAUGGCGGCAUUGAACAAGUUCGAAUUCACUGGUUACUGGAAUUAGUUGCUCUCAGAGUGGUGAAUGGGAAACUUCACUACAAUUUUACUGCCUUGGAUAACCUUAUGGAUCGCCUGUGGGAAAAUAAGCUAAUUCCAGGAUUUGAAUUGAUGGGAAAUCCAUCAGGAUAUUUUUUAGAUUUUGAAGAUAAAGAACAGGUAGUAAGAUGGAGAAACUUAAUUACACUUCUGGCCAGCAGAUACAUAGAUAGGUACGGAUUGGAGCAUGUUGCUAAAUGGAAUUUUGAAACAUGGAAUGAACCAGACCACCACGACUUUGACAAUGUGUCUAUGACAGUGAACGGGUUUCUCAACUAUUAUGAUGCUUGCUCAGACGGAUUAAGAGCAGCCAGUCCUCUACUAAAAUUUGGAGGGCCUGGGGAUUCCUUCCACCCCUUACCCAAGUCACCCAUGUGCUGGAGUCUUCUGUGUCAUUGCUACAAUGGAACCAACUUCUUCACAGGGGAGACUGGUGUAAGGCUGGACUACAUCUCUCUCCAUAAGAAGGGAGGUGGGAGUUCUCUCUACAUCUUGCAACAGGAAGUAGAAGCAGUUGAACAAAUUCAGAAGCUGUUUCCAAAUUUUGCUUCUGUUGCCAUAUACAACGAUGAAGCAGAUCCAAUGGUUGGAUGGUCCAUUCCACAACUGUGGCGAGCUGAUGUGACCUAUGCAGCUAUGGUUUUAAAGGUAAUCAUCCAGCAUCAAAACCUGCUCAUUGCCAAGGCCAAUAACACCAUCAACUACACACUGCUAAGUAAUGACAAUGCCUUCUUGAGCUACUACCCCCAUUACUUCACACAGCGGACUCUGACAGCACGUUUUCAGAUGAACAACACAAAGCCACCUCAUGUCCAGAUGGUGCGGAAACCAGUGCUGACUGUCAUGGGCUUGCUGGCACUGCUAGGAGAAAAGCAGAUUUUUGCAGAAGUGAGCAGCAGUGAAGGCAAAAGCACUCAAAACAGCACAAUUGGUGUCCUGGCAUCUGUGCAUACCCCAAGUGAGAUGCAACCCUCAGACAGCUGGCAAGCUACUCUACUGAUGUAUUCAAGUGAGGAUAACAGGACUUCAUCCAACAUCAGCACCGUCACAGUGAACGCCACCCACUUCCCCAAACUUAGAGAGCUGGUGUAUGUGACAUAUUACCUGGAUAACAACCAAACCAAUCCCUACCUGAAGUGGAAAAAGCUAGGAAGCCCUGACUUUCCUUCCCCAGAACAGUUCCAGCAAAUAAGGGAUGCUGAGGACCCGGUGGCAACAGGCCCAUUCCCGUUUCCUGAAGGUGGCAUCCUGACACUGAAGCAAGACUUUCCUGUUCCCUCAGUCUUUCUGAUCCACAUCUGUGCAAGACCCAGAUCUGUUCCUGAUCAAGUGACCAGUGUUCGUUUGAUCCCUCUCACAAAGGGGCAGGUCAUUGUGUUGUGGGACGAUGGCUGUGUAAAUUCAAAAUGUAUAAAGACAUUUGAAGUGGAGUUCUCACCAGAUGGAAAAGCAUACCAGCGGAUUAAUGUCAAAGACACAAUAUUCACUCUCUGGGUCUACAGUCCAGGAAGCUCGGUCUCCGGCUUUUACAGAGUGCGUGCCAUUGACUACUGGGGGAAGGCAGGCCUGUCCUCUCUUCCUGUGGAGUAUGUUGAAGCUUUCAAGUGACUCUGAAGAGUGGUGCCUGGCUUGGUGACAGAGUGGUGUAUGCUCCCUGCAAAUGACAACUCCCCAGAAAAAUAAACUCCUCCCAAGCUGAGGAGGGAGUAUUGAAAGGAGCUGAUGAAGCAAGUUAAGAAUGCAAGUUAGAAGCAACUGCCCCUAUUAACUCUUCAGAGCUCAAAAGACAGCGUUAUCAAACAGCCACAACUGACAACUCAGGUGGUACAAUUCUAAGAGGCUGCUGUAGGACUGGGAUUCAGCUUGGUAACUAGGAAUUAUGGGCAUAAAUGUUUAUUAUUCCCUAUUUUACACUGAGCUAAUGGCCAGGACAAUCAAAGAUUUAUAGAGGUCACAAACGGCAGCAGGAACAGGACCAUCGCUUCACUGUAUGAGUGAGGAUGGCAGCAAAGGCAGAAGGAGGACCUAUCUGAGAGUGAACUGCCUGCCUCAGCUACCAGGCUGUCUUGACAUAAUGGUUUGACGGAAAAGCGCACAGCAACCAGAGGUGUCCAGACUAUGAAGUGGAGGAUCCCUGCUUCCCUGCUGGUUAGUCACUCAUGCUCCAGUGGGUUAUUUCAGAGCACUUGCCAUGUCUUCAGAUGUAUGAGGCUCUUCACCCUCUCACAGAGGGGUUUCCACUCUGCAUUUGUGGCUGUUAUUUGGAUGCCAGAGCUAUUCCCCUCAGACAGGCAGGGGAAGGGGUAGCAGCUCGUCCUCAAAGGGGAAGAAGGCACAGGAAGCUCUAGCCUCCAGACUUCCCUGCGUUUUCUGCUUUCUGCUUUUGCCCAAGUCACCUGUUUGCACUGGGGCUGUCAGCCACUGCCUCUUUGUGGUGGAGGCUGUAAUUCUGAAAGCCCCUCUUUUUCUCCAUUGCUGUCACCUAGCCUGCCCUUCUACAGUCCUUACAGCUAAUGUUGCUCCCCAGCAUGCCUCCCCUCUCAGACUGUAAGUGACCUGAGGCUUGGCUUUGAGUGGCCAGGAGAAAGCUGAAAUGCUAGUUAUAGCCUUUUGUGUUUUCGUGUUACAGGAGGACACACUCAUGAAUGUAACAACAGGGCUGCUACUGACAGCCAGUUAGGAAAUUAACCAAGAAGAGUUUGAGCUUCUGUGCUUUGCAAAGCGUGUGCACAAGCGUGUGGUAGCCCCAGAUCAUGGGCUACAGAACAUCUCUGGCUGUCCUUGCAGCUGCCAAACACUUUAUGUAACAGCGAAGUUCACUGAAAUUGCAGGGGUGUUUUUUUACUCUCCCCUUUACACAACUGGCACAGUUUGAACUGUGCCUUUAAAAUGCUUGUAGAGGGAAGGGUAAUGCCAGUGAAAACAGCCAGAUUGUUUUGCAUAAGAAGAGCAACUUUGUCACACAAACAAAUCCCCUACUGCUCUCUUUGCUGACAUCAGCCACCGCACCAACAUAACAACAAAGACUGCAUAUUUGAUGAAACAUUCAGGUCACAAACAAAAAACCCACAACUUCGCACAGUAGGUGAGAGAUGACUACCUCAAAAGGCCUCACUUUUACCGCACAGAAAAGAAACCUAUACAAAAAGUCAGUAUAUAUGAGAUGAGGCCUUGCAUCUCCUUAGCUUCUGGUUACUUGUUCAUGUACUUAUGCAGAAAGUUAGCCUUAAAAGAUAGGUUUUGUCGCAGAAUUCAGAUGAAAUACUUCUUGCCUCACUGAAGUUCGAAUAAAGAGCACUUCUCACAUCCUAAUCUGCCCAUAAAGGCUUGUGCAGAACAGAAAAGGGCCAUCAGAGUCUACUUAAUUGAGAACUUUCUCAGUUUCAGAAAAGUUAGUGAGAAGUUCAACUUGGAUGGAGAUAGUAAAAAUACAUUUCAAAGCUGUUGUAACUGCCCCUAAGUGAAGAAUCAGAAUAUUUGGUUAAAUAAAAUCUAGCAGUUAAGACAUACUCUUUCGCCAAUAUGAAGUGAAACCAACAGAAGAAAUGAAUUUUAGAAAUAUUCAAGUACAGAGAGAUUUCAGUACAUCUGAAGCAGGGGAAGAUACAUGAGCUUGAGAGGACAGUUGAUCCCCUUAGGAUGUCCUAUUUAAGUAGCCUUCUGCUUUAAAAUUUUCCCACACUGGCAAUCAGAAUAUAGCAGUCUUUAUCAAACCAAGGACCAUGCACUAGUUACAGGUGUUUGAAAAAAAAUGAAGCAUAGCUGUUGUGAAGAGUAUUGAUUUUGCUACGCAGGGAUGUAGUAGAAAAUGUAUAGGUGUGCAAAUCAUGAAAAAUAGAAGAUCAAAAAUCACUGCCCUGCUUUAUUU